AUGGAGGAGAGCAUGAAGUGUAGCCCUGAAUUUGGCACAGACCGGACUUCGGAGUGCCAGAGCAGCUGGCAAGCGAAACUAGCAGCGGAACGGGGGCGCCUCGAGCUGUCAAGCGCGAGCCGAUCGCCGAAGCGCACCAGUCCCCAGCUCCAGGCGGAGUUUCUGAGGAGAGCUAGCCGUGGUCUCAGAACUGUCUCCUGCGACACCGACGAUGUCCUCACCUCCCCCAGCUCCCCCCUGGUUUCACCCUUUACCUCCACCACCACUUCCCCCCUUACCUCCCCACCUCAGCCUCUCUCCCCCACCUCUCCCUUUAGCUCUCCACCACAGCCCCUCUCCCCCUCCACGCCCACUACAGAGGGCUGCGCUACUCGCCUGUCUCUUUCCAGUCCUGAGCUGCUGACAGAGCUGCGUCGGUCUCAGUCCCGUCCUAUGAAGCACGUCUCCAUCUCUAAAGGACUCACCACUGUCUUCUGUGGACGGGGCAGGGGCGUAACGACUCCUAGCUCUGCUCCUGCCUCAGGCGCAACCAACCAGACACUCCGCUCAGACUCCACGGCCAAUGGAAGAAGACAGGCGGGUCCCAAGCUGUCCAAUGGGACAUAG